AUUUUGAAUUUAAAUAGACUCUUAGCUCCACUUUGCUGUUGGAUGAUUUCACUCCUGUCAAAAUGUGCAUCAGAUAUCUUGGAUUUCUUCUUCUGAUUUGUCUUCCUGGAAUACUACACGGACAAAGUGCACAACAGUCCUGUACUGCUCCCAACCUGGAUGGUGGUUUCUUUGCUCCAAAGUUGGAGACUUAUCCUCAUGGAGCACAGCUGACCUACACCUGUAACAGUGGACGUGUACCAGUAGUGAGGGGGUGGUGGGUAACAAGCUCAUGUCAAAAUGGCAAAUGGUCUCAUGAACCACAAUGUAUAGAAAGUCUCCAUGCAUGCAGUGUGCCCCCUAAAAUCCCCCAUGCAAUAAUCAUUAAUCAGGAAUACCAGGAUUUGUUUGCUGCUGAUUCAGUACUACAGUAUGAAUGUGAAGAAGGAUUUACUGUAGAAGGAGUAGACACCAAAAAAAACCAUCAUUUGUAUCAGUGGAAACUGGACUACAGCCUCACCGUGCCGCAGUACAGGAAGUGGAUCCACAGUGGGGGUAACAAAUGGUGGACACACUACAUCUACACAACCUACAGGUCGAGUAUCUUCUACCACUUCUGGCUCAAAUGACAGAAACAGUCAACCUUCAUUCAUAUCAAGUAAAUCAUUUAUAUUCUUUGCUCCUUUUACAUCACAUGUAUCAGACUUGGUUUGUAUAUUUGCUUAGUAUAACUAUUCAUACAUCCACAACAUACAUCUUCAAUUUCUGACCAAGUGAUAGAGUGUAUUUCCUGUGGGUAUCACUACACAGGGGAAGCAGGAAAUACAAAUGUACACAAACAGGGAUUAGGUAGAU